CCGCGCCGUGCCCGUGAGGUGAGGCGAGGCGAGGCGCGGGGCCCGGCCCGGCCGACGGGAGGCAGCGCUCGGCGGCCGCCGCAGCCCUGAAGCGGCGCCGCGCGGGGGAAGAGGCGGCAAGACGGAGGCGGGGGGGAGAAGAGCGGCGGCGGCGCUGCCCCCCGGCGGGAGGAGGAGCCUCGGCGCCAGGCCCCGGCGCGGCCCCGGCCCCGCUCCCGGCGGCGGCAGCAGCAGCAGCAUGGAGAACUCGCAGCUAUGCAAGCUGUUCAUCGGCGGCCUCAACGUGCAGACCACGGAGGCCGGGCUGCGGGAGCACUUCGCGGCCUACGGCACCCUGACCGACUGCGUGGUGGUGCUCAACCCGCAGACCAAGCGCUCCCGCUGCUUCGGCUUCGUCACCUACUCGGCGGUGGAGGAGGCCGACGCCGCCAUGGCCGCGUCCCCUCACGCCGUGGACGGCAACGCGGUGGAGCUGAAGCGGGCCGUGUCCCGGGAGGACUCGGCCAAGCCCGGGGCUCACGCCAAGGUGAAGAAGCUCUUCGUGGGCGGCCUCAAGGGGGACGUGGCCGAAGGGGACCUGGUGCAGCACUUCAGCCAGUUCGGCCCCGUGGAGAAGGCGGAGAUCAUCGCCGACAAGCAGAGCGGCAAGAAGCGCGGCUUCGGCUUCGUCUACUUCCAGAACCACGACGCGGCCGAUAAGGCGGCCGUGGUCAAGUUCCACCCGAUCCAGGGCCACCGCGUGGAGGUGAAGAAGGCCGUGCCCAAGGAGGACAUCCAGGCGGGCGGGGGGGGCGGCGGCGCGGGCAGGCCCUCGAGGGGAGGCCGAGGAGGAGGACGGGGCCGGGGCGGCGGCGGAUCCGGCAACCGGGACCACAACGGGCUGGCCAAGGGAGGCGGCGGUUACAACAGCUACGGCGGCUACGGCGGGGGAGGAGGAGGAGGAGGAGGAGGAGGAGGAGGAGGAGGGCGGCGCGGGCUGCAGUGGCUGCGGCGGGGCGCGCCGGGGACGCCUCGCUCGGCAGCCGCCCGGAGGACGGGGCCCGGGGCCGGCCGCUCGCAGCCAUGCCGGGCCCGGGGCGCUGAGCCCGGCCGCGCCGCACCAUGGAGGAGGAGAGGAGACAUGUCUGAAAGUAAAGCCAAGAAGAUCGAGAUAAAAGAUGUCGAUGGGCAGACGCUGAGGAAGCUGAUUGAUUACAUCUACACAGCCGAGAUAGAGGUCACGGAAGAGAACGUGCAGGUUUUGUUGCCAGCUGCUAGCUUAUUGCAGCUGAUGGAUGUUAGAAAAAACUGCUGCGACUUCCUUCAGUCCCAGCUGCAUCCCACGAACUGCCUUGGAAUUCGAGCUUUCGCAGAUGUGCACGCAUGUACUGAGCUGCUGCAGCAGGCAAAUGCCUACGCAGAGCAGCACUUUCCUGAGGUGAUGCUAGGAGAAGAAUUUCUUAGCCUUAGUCUGGACCAGGUUUGCAGUUUAAUAUCAAGUGACAAGCUCACAGUCUCCUCUGAAGAAAAGGUCUUCGAAGCGGUUAUUUCUUGGAUAAAUUAUGAGAAGGAGUCUCGCUUAGAGCACAUGGCUAAACUGAUGGAGCAUGUUCGCCUGCCCCUUCUGCCCAGAGAUUAUCUUGUACAGACAGUUGAAGAAGAAGCUUUAAUCAAAAAUAACAACACGUGUAAAGACUUCCUUAUCGAGGCCAUGAAAUAUCAUUUGCUUCCUCUGGAUCAAAGGCAAUUGAUCAAGAAUCCCAGAACAAAGCCGAGGACUCCUGUUAGCCUGCCAAAGGUGAUGAUUGUGGUGGGCGGGCAAGCACCCAAAGCCAUUCGCAGUGUGGAGUGCUAUGACUUUGAGGAGGAACGGUGGGAUCAGGUUGCUGAGCUUCCUUCCCGGAGAUGCAGAGCAGGUGUUGUAUUUAUGGCUGGCAAUGUUUAUGCUGUCGGGGGCUUCAACGGGUCGCUGAGGGUACGCACCGUUGACGUGUAUGACGGCGUGAAGGACCAGUGGACCUCCAUAGCCAGCAUGCAGGAGAGACGAAGCACUUUAGGAGCAGCUGUGCUCAACGAUCUCCUGUAUGCGGUGGGCGGCUUUGAUGGCAGCACAGGUCUGGCAUCAGUUGAGGCCUAUAGCUAUAAAACCAAUGAGUGGUUUUUUGUGGCUCCCAUGAACACAAGAAGAAGCAGUGUUGGAGUUGGAGUUGUGGAGGGUAAGCUCUACGCCGUGGGCGGUUACGAUGGAGCGUCCCGUCAGUGCCUUAGUACCGUAGAGCAGUACAACCCAGCCACGAACGAAUGGACCUACGUAGCUGACAUGAGCACUCGGCGCAGUGGUGCAGGUGUUGGUGUUCUCAGCGGGCUGCUAUACGCCACCGGGGGGCACGACGGUCCCCUAGUCAGGAAGAGUGUGGAGGUCUACGAUCCAGGAACAAACACCUGGAAGCAAGUAGCAGACAUGAAUAUGUGUAGAAGAAAUGCAGGUGUGUGUGCAGUGAAUGGUCUCCUCUACGUGGUGGGAGGAGAUGAUGGUUCUUGCAACUUGGCCUCCGUGGAGUACUACAACCCCAUCACGGACAAGUGGACGUUACUGCCAACCAGCAUGAGCACGGGGAGAAGUUACGCAGGUGUGGCUGUGAUUCACAAACCGUUGUGACACACAAUGAAGCCAGUGCGAGGAGCAGAAGUGAAGUGGAUCCAGCUAGGUGGUGUUGGGAAGAUGACUGAGCUCUGACUUGACCCAUCUCAUUGCUGUUACAGUCUUCGCAUGACAAGUGAUACGUUACAAACAUCAUCUGCUCUGCGGUGGAGUGCUUAGCAAAGUGAAAAUCCCUCUGGGGACGUGUUCCAUGCUAGACACGAGGUGUUGCUUGUUAUAUGUGGUGCAAUCAACUGUUUUUCUCAAUGGCUUGUGUCAUGAGAUAAACACUGUGCUUUGAACUGCAGGCACUGAAUUUCUUGUGUGAAACUAAACUGCUACGUUUGGGCAUGUGAGUAAAAAAAUGAACACUUCUGGAUUUCUUCACUACUGAUGCUCCGUACACAUUAUUGGUUGAACUAUUUGCUCACUGUGCCUGGAGGGUGGACUUUACUACUGACAGUGGAAACUUCUGAGUACCAACUGAGAAAAGCAGUCAGCAGAAACGGACUGGAACAGGGUGCUCUGGCUUGAUUGUGAUGCUGUCUCAGUCAUAUGUUUGUAUAUGCCACUGGACUACUGUAUGUAUCCCUGAAAUACUUGUCGUAUGGUGGAAAUAAAUACCAUGUGAUUUUUCUACUUGCCAUGAAUGAUGUUUCCUGUACGCGCUGGGACCUCCUGGGCUCUGCCUUCUCUGGGGCUGACGUCUCGGCAACUCCACCACACAAAACAUCUCAACGCCAGAAAGUGUGCUGCUCUGACAUGGUUUAUUGCUCCUGUGAAACAAAUACUGCUUGAAUAGAAACUAUUCCUUACCCCUGUGUUUCCCUAGUGUUGCCAGCUGUGCUGAAAGCCCCAGUUCUAACUCUGUCCAGCAUUUCAAUGCCAUUUCAUAAUACAGCAUUUAUGUGUCAAAAGAAAUAUCUUUCAGUGCCAUUAAUGUAGACACCACGUGCAGUGAGAACCCUCUGCCUCCCAAGGACUGAUUAAUGAGCAAGGUAAAGUACCUGUGAUGUCUUAAUGCUUCCAGAGUACGGAGAUCUCACUAAUUGCUGUCACUGUAACUGGUAUUUUAAUCUUGCCUGUACUGAUGGUGUUCUGUUAGUACAAAGAUUUUAUAAGAUUACUCAAAACAGAAAAAUCUAGAUCCAGCUAUGUUGUAGUUGUCUUGUUUACAUCCCAAAUUCUUACAACUUUCUGUCUGAGAGGAUAUUUGGCUUUCAAGUACCUCUGUUUGACUCUGUGAGCUCUGACAUGCCUCUGCAUACAGCAGACUCCCUGAAUAUUCCCCAGCUAAAGGGAAUUGAUGAAGAAAACUUUCUCAUUUUUCUUUCUUUUUCUUUUUUUUUUUUUUCUUUUUUUUUUUUUCCCUGCUUUCCCAGCUCACUUAACUUUGAUUUAUGUUGCCUUUUGUGAGGGCUUAUCUCACUCUUUCUCCCUGUAGACCAGCUGAGGCUUUCUGUCAUGGGCAUCUGGCCUGCAGAACCAUAUCUGCUUGUGUUACUGUCGAGCUCCAGCACUUACCACUGUUCUUCUCCUGCUUUAUUUCUCCAUGGAACUCCUGUCAAAAACACUCGAGGCAACCUUCUGCACUAGCAAAGAAAAAUACUUAAAAAUUGAUUUCAGAGGGAUCUAAGGCUAAAUCAUCUUGUGCAGCUUUAGUAGGGCUGUACAUUAGUUCUGUAAAUAAGAACACUUUUAGUGUUUGAGUUGAUGUGGUCCUUGUAACGCGGGUGCCUGCUCGCUUUGGGGUAAACAGUGCUUGUUUUUGUUGUUUCACGUCCCACAGAGGGGCUCCUCUGAUCAGGAGGAGUGUUAGCUAGAACCUGCUCCUCUUUGGAUGCUCUUGUUUUUGCAAAUAAAAGCAAACUGUCCAAAGGAAUGGCAGUAUUAUUCUUGGGAUCUACCCUUCCAUUGUAUGUCAGGUCAGAGGUCUUGAAAAUAAUAAUGAAAAAUUAAUCUUUCCUGUGAUACCCUUGAAGCCUCUUGCAUUGGGUUCUGUGAUCUGCAGUGAAAUGUGCCAAAACAAUAGCAUAAUGUGCUGCUCUCUUAUGGUGGUUGGACUUACUGUAAAAGCUAUUGAGGUUGGUAGGAAUGUAACCAAGACGAGCUGGUGUCAGAUUGGAGUCCUGAGGUGCAUCUUUGCAGUGACAUAAGCAAGAUGACCUUUUGCUUGGGACUGAUUGAAAUUUGCUACCCCAAAAACUGGUUAGCAGGCGUUUCCCUUUCCUGUGGGAAUAUGAGAUAAAAUGGGAUAGGCAAAACGUUUUGGUCUGAGUUAGCGUCUCUUAUUUGACUGGGAUUAGUAUACCCUGAUACACAUUUCUUUACAAACCUUUCUUGCUUAUAAGGGAAACAGUUUUUGGUGUCUUUCUGCUAUUGUAAAAUGGCAUUUAGUCAUGCUGGUGGCCAAGACCUGUGGCUUGCUGGACAGGGCUAGGACUCGGCACUGGCCAGCCAUCGCUGAUGGUGAUCGUGGCCGCAGCCAUUCCUCCUCUGCAGCAAACACGUUGCUUUCUUUCCUUCUCAAAUGUUGCAGUGUUAUGCAAGUCAAGUGACCUCGUUUUCCAGCUAUGCAAUAUGAACAACUGUAACACAUGACGAACCAGCUGUAUCCCCUCCCCUUGAAAUGCUUCUUGAAUUUGUCUUGUCUUUGGUCUGUCUUUGGCGUGUUGUUCCUUGUUUGUAUCAUUCGUUCUGAGCACCUGAGCCAGGUCCUUUAAAGAUUGCCUUUUUCUAGGACUGAAAACGUAGCAUUAGUGCUAACAAAUUUUACUGUAAAUAUUUUUAUAAGAAUUUUAAAUAAUUUUUUGGAUUGCUUUUUAUGGUCAUCAAUGACGUUUAUGUUAAAUCCUGGAUCUAAUUCUUACACUCCUGUGCAAGUUUUUGCUGGCCAUGACGUAGGUGUGAAUUUGUACGUUUUCUGCACAAGCAAUUAAAUGUUGUAACCAG